AUGGGGUCUUGUAUUUCAUUGAUUAAUAAGAAUUCUGCUUGCGUAUUCAGUAAUGUGAUAGAAGAGGAGUCUGCAGAAAUUCUGAAUGGUACGGAAUUUUCAAUUCCAGAUAGUCAUUUGCACCAGGGGGCUACUACAGGGUUGAAUGACACUUUCGACUUUUUUGUGAACCAAAAAUUGCAGAGUUUGUGGACACAGAAGCAGAACAUUAAAGGUGACGGUGGCCAGAUAUACGAGUUGGAGAAUGGAAGUUUGGUAAUAAGAACUUCGAACGUGUUCCUCCAUGGUAUUUUCAAAGGAUUAUUGAUUCAAAUUGAAAUCGACCACGAGUCUAAUGACAAAGAGACAAACACAUUACUGGAGCCAUUUGAAAGGGUUCUUUCUAAAUAUAAUAUCCCUCGAGGCAAUAUGAGCUACAACGUGUUAGAUUCCAAAUUAUUCGACAAAUAUGGCGACUUGUGCUUGCAAUAUUCGGAAAUACUCAAUUUUUAG